GAGGCUGAGCGCUGACUGGAUUCAUCAUCUGCUUUCCGCUCCGCGCUCAUUUUCUUCCAACACUGCAUGGAGUCUGUUGAUUUGUGUUUUAUAACACUUCACCGACUUCACGCUUGAAUCUACUCUGCAGCCUCGGGAAAAGACGCCAUUUAUUUUACAAACAUGGAAAAAGAAAGACGAUCCUCUGAACAGUACGGAGCGACGGAGAAACAAACGGAAAAUGUCAUCUCGAUGGCCGACUCUACGGUCACAGUGGAGGACAUCGAAGGGGAGCUGUUCAAGAUUGAGCGGAUACGUGAGAUCCUCGUACGAAGAGAAUCAGAGCUAAGAUACAUGAUGGAUGACAUUCAGCUCUGUAAAGAAAUUACAAGGCUGAAACAGGAGCUGCAGAAAAUUGUCACAACUCCAGACAAAGACAGGUCCACAGAAGACGGAGAGAAGGAAGAGGAACUGCUGAAGCAGAUAAACAAGCUGGUGGAGACCAGAGACUUCCUGGUGGACGACGUGGAGUUUGAACGGCUCAGGGAAAGAGAGGAAGACAAGGAGAUGGCAACUUUCCUGGAGUCCAAAUUUCCCAAUUCUUUGGCCAAAAAAGGUGCUCCGCGAGAUCGAAGGGUUGCAUCACAGUCCCAGCGGACAUCCAGUCCAUUUCUCACGAAAGCCGGACUGACGCUGCUAAAAGACUGCUGUGGCUUCACCUGCUCCGUCAUGUGAAGGAGUGAAAAGCUGCGUGUGUGUGUGUGUGUGUGUGUGUGUGUGUGUGUGUCUGUGUGCGUGCGUGUGUGAACACAAAUGGGACUCCUCAGUGUUUUUACGUAUCCAUUCUGUGGGUUUCCUUUAAUGACAAAUGAUUCUUUAAGUGUUCAAUCCACUUAAGCGUUUACUGCAUCACUGCCACAUUGGAGUUUCAUGGACAGAAAAACAAAACGUCGAACAUGAUUGUGACAUGUGGCUUUUGAAUGUUUGUACACAUAAAAUGUGAAAAGUGUGGUGUGCGUUUGUUUUCAGCAACUUUUUCCUGCAAUUGGAGUUGACAAACUAACACAAGUUCAGUCAAAUUGGAUGGAAAUUGGACCAGAUUUCAGAAAAUGUUCACAAUUGGGCAGUAGCCCAGGGUGCCAUUUUUGAGAGGAGAAUUGAGGGGCGUCAAAGAUUUUAUUUUAUUUUUUAAAUCAAUGUGUAUUUUGCAAACAUUUUACUUUAUAUAAAACUCUUAGAUCCACAUCAGGUGUAUUGUAUUAAUAUUUUUGGGGGAUUUUUAGGAAAAUCAACAACACUCAAUUAUUUGAAAAGUCAAGUUUAAUUGUGUAGCACAUUUCAGCAACCAGUUGUGAAACAAGCACUACGCUGACAAAAUGUACCAAUUAAUGUUACAUUGUUACAUUUUGUCAAAUGCCAUCAUCAAAAUCAUCAAGCAAAUACACACAAAAUAUGUUAUUAUGAAUCAAUGGCAGCUGUGGGUUACACUUGCCAAUCUACAUGUUGCUCUCAUCUGACCAGAGCGUUGGCUUCUAAUCACCUAAAUAACUCAGAACAAACUGUCUGUAGCAUAAAAUUAAAUAAAUUCAGUGGUUGUAACCUC